CAACACCAGCAGGCGCUCAAUGCAAUCAGAUCAGAGAAGUAAUAGUGACAAAAUGGCUAGUGCGGUAAAUAGUGCGAAUUCUUUACGCAGAAUAUUAGUCGGGAUAAAAACUUUGGAAAAUAGCGACACAGUUAAAAUAGCCAGAUUUGUAGACUGUCUUGUUAAUUAUUUCGCCCCAAAUAGUUUAUCUGUAAAUGUCGGCUGCAAACUGGAAGAUGAUGUGCUGGUAUUAUAUCCCGCAAGUCCGAAUUUUGUGCACGUUAAACGAGAAAAAUCAUUGUCGGACGAAAAACUUUAUUCUAGUGGAACAGCGGACUUCGGAAAUGUGGUGUUGCAGCAUUCCCCGACAUGCCCCGUUAUGUUAUUGGAAGAAACGGAGGAGGCUGCUCUGUCAAUCCCGGAGAGCACCCAAAACCGUGGAGUUCAUGUUGGAGUGACAGUUGUCCUGGAAUCUUCGGAUUCACAUAUUCUUUUGACCCAAAGGUCGGGUCACAUGCGGUCAUUUCCAGGAGCCUGGGUCCCACCCGGUGGAAAUAUUGAGUCUGGAGAGAGUUUGGUUGAAGGUGGGCUGCGUGAGCUGUAUGAGGAAACCGGCCUCUGUCUGAACGUCGACCUCUGCCCAGAAAGCGACCAGUCGCCAUCAGCUUCGCAGGGACCCUCUGUGCGUGUGUUGUGCCUUUGGGAGUCUGUAUUCCCCGCCUUCUUGUCGGCGGGCCCUCCGCGGUAUCACCACGCAGUUGUGUACCUUCAUGUCGUCGUUUCGAAGAACAAGGAUGAGCUUCAGAAUGCAAUAAAGCUAGAUCCAGAUGAAGUCCAGGCAUGUGUCUGGCUGAACGAAGAGGACGUGAGGGCACUGGUAUCCGACAACGCGACCAGUCGUACGGUCCUGCAGUGGAAAGCGGGGCCAGGCAGCGACAUGACACCCAAGCUGACCGCCCUGUCGUCGAUGUUCCUGGCUCCGUGGCUUGAUGAACCCCUAACCGGGGUGCAGGCAGCUCUCUGUGGCUGGCUGCGUCUCAAAGACAGUUCGAGGGGAGGGUGCGGAGGAGUGAAAGGCAGCUGCAAUAAAAGCUUUGAAAGCUGUCGGAUAUAGCACACUAAAGUAAAGCCAUAGCCCUGUAUGUAUAUUGUGGGCCGUACAAAUCUGUGAUAGUUGGCAUUCUAUAAGAAAAUGCCUCACAAUGUUUACAGUACUAUUUUUAAUGGUAAUGGUUUUGCAAAAUAUAUUUAAAGACUUUUAUUGCUCUUGUAAGAAGGUUGGUAUUUCAGACAUUGGUUACUUGCCAUUUUUCUCACAACAGGAAGAAAUAAUAAACUUCUAUAUAUUUUGUGCAGGUAGGUCCCUGUAGAUUGUAUGCAUUUGAAGAAAAAAAUCAUAAGCUACUGCUAAAAUAAUUCUUUAUGUACUACUGGUUUCAAGCUUCUGACCAGGUAUUUUAUAUAAGAAUGGAGCUAUAUGGGGCACUUCAAGAUGGGCAAAACUGUCCACCAUAUAGUGGAGAUGCUACAUCACAGGUAGGCACAACAAAUAGACUGUCAAACAAAAGCUAACAAAGCAUUUUUCCAAAUUACACACACACACACACACACACACACACACACACACACACACACACACACACACACACACACACACACGAAUAUGAUAUUAACAUUUGCUAAACCAGUGUUUAGCAUUCUGAUGAUGACGGAAGAAUCUGCUGAAACUAGUAAAGCCAAAUAAAUUUUCUAAUUGUGCAACUGACUCAAUUUCAUUGUGAAAUUAAGAACUAUUUCAGCAGCACCCCACAGAAGUCUUGAAGCAAAUCCUUUCUUCUGACCUCCCCCUCACCCCCCAAAAAACCAACAAAAACAAAAAACACAACACACAGAAACUUUUUAUUGGUGGAAACACUAGGAUGACUUACAGCUUCAACCCUAAGUAGCAUUAGCCAGUUUCCUAAAACUGUACUUAAUUUAUGCACUGCCACACAAGACUGGCAAAUAACUUUGAUAAAGAAGAAAAUCAGAAGAGUAGAUACCCUUUGGUUCGUGGAUGACAAGGUUGUUGUGGCUGCUUCUGAAGACGAACCUCCAUGAGUAGUCUUCCGACUAAGUAAAACUGCAGAGGAAUAUGGUUUAGAAAAUUCUAUAACCAAAAUAGAAAUUAUGGCUAGUCAAGUAAAGGAAUUAGUAUGAGUCAGCGUUUACGAAGGGACCAUAUUAUAGAAUUUAUGUAUGAUUUUAACUGCUAAUUAUCAUAGGCAACAAGACAACAAUAAAUGUUCCAAUAUUUAUGUGCCUCUGAAAGAUAACUCUUUGGAGGAAGGAAACACCCUGAAAUUCUAUGAAAUGUUAGAAUGUUAUAUGUUUCAGAACUGUGCACUAAAACCAAUUGCUGUACAUUAAGUGGAUAAUAAGACAUGUAAGGAAUUGCAUAUAGUUACUGCCUGGUAGAUUUAAACUCUGUGUUCAGUGGUGGCUUUAACCGAGGACCUCGCCUUUAAGCCACCAUGGCGUGACUCACCCUCUGUCCUAUGGCUUUACAUCUGCCUCUAUCAGUACCUCUCGUGACUCGUGCCCGGAUACCUCAGUAGGUAAGAGCAUUGCCAGCAAAAGGGAAGGAUUCAUUCCAGAUACAUACAGUUAGGUUAACAGAAAAAAUUAAAAAUACAGGAAAAAGUGCUAUGAACAGUAAAAGAUUUUAAAUGUGUUCCCACUGGAAGAAGAGAUCAAGUGCUAACCUAAAAGAGAUUGAGUCUGCAGUUUAAGUUGGAAGCCAGUAGGUCUAAUCCUUGUCUAGUGAUGAUGAUAUAGUGACCUUGCCUUUACUAUGAAGUUUAGUGUAAUAGACACUCACAGUUAACUUAUUCCAAGCAACGUCCUCCGUAAUUUAACUUAACUUCAAAACUACUGCACAAUGUAGCUAUUCAUUUUUGUAUCUUAUAACUGUAAAUCAUCCUGUGUUCAGGAUACUUUGU